CACACACACACACACACACAAGCACACACUGCUCCACAACUGGCAGAGGGGAAAAAAAGAAAAAAAAACCUCAGACAUGGAUGACCCACUCACAAAAUGGCUCCACUUACACAGUAACAUCAACAACACGGCUGAAACGGACGUAGUGGACUCAAGUGAGUGGUGACGUUAUAAAAAUGAUGGAAAAACGGCAGCCGGAGCUUUGUCCUGGAAGUCCUGAUGCAGAGUCCGGUCACGGAAAGCGGGAGGACUCCUCCAUCAUCUCCAGACAGAACGGAUGCAAGGAGGACGAGAAGCCGAGGAGAGAGGAGGGGGAGAAGGAGAGGGGAGGGCGCUUCAAGGGGGUUGAGGAGACGGAUGACGUUCCUCUGCAGAACUCGAGCAACGGGGCCAGCAUCAGCAUCAUCAUCAACGGCGUUGCCAAGGAAACUGCCUCUCACAACGCCCUUGACCUGAAAAGGGAAGUGCCGGUGAUCGAGCUCUCCAGGAGGGACGCUAUAAAAGCGGUGGAGCAGAAGACUGAAAGCCAUUUGGUGCCGAUCACGGAACUUCGCAGACCUCCACCGCUGCCGCUGCCGCCGCCGCAACGAGACGACGCUCGAAUGGUCCAACUGAGCCCAAACGCGUUUCCUGUCCCGGCCCGGGCGAUGCUCUACAACCUGGCGCAGCCUCUCGCCGCCAUCAACAGUCUUGGAGGGGAGUCGGAGCAGUACAGCAUGUACCCCAGCAACAGGGUAAAGCGCCGCCCGGCGCCUUAUGAGGUUGAACUCGACGAGGCUGGCCAGCCAAAGAUUGUACGUCGUAUCUUCACAAACAGUCGUGAACGUUGGCGGCAGCAGAACGUGAACGGUGCAUUUGCGGAGCUUCGCAAACUCAUCCCCACUCACCCCCCGGACAAGAAGCUGAGCAAGAAUGAGAUCCUGCGGCUUGCCAUGAAGUAUAUCAGCUUCCUCUCCAACCUCCUGGAGGACCAGGACGGAGGGAGGAAUGUUGGCAGUACAACUGACGGAGAAACAGGGCUGCUGGUUGGGGCCCAUGAGGGUGGCCCACAGGGCGGACCACAUCAGGACACGGUGGUGAGCUUGGCCAGGGACGAUCUUUUGGAGACAAUGUCACCAGGCUCAAGCUGUGGAAGCCUACCUGAUGGUGAUGCAGAGGGCAGUCCUGAGAGCUUUAUGGAGGACCAGGACUCACCUCCAGCUCCAAGGACUCUAACGGCUUCACGUGGGCCCCCGAUGCAUCUAGCUACUAGGGAUCUGAGACGCAAUGGACGCCCUUUAGAUGGCUCCGGUCGCCGAUGAUGCGGACACCAAUAAACCACAGACACUAGACGUUGCGAGACUGAAAGAGAACAAUGAGAAGGACUAAAGAGAAAAGGAAUAUGCUCAGGACCCGUUAGCUUUGAGUUGUCAGUGUAGGAAGGAGAAUCAAGCUCCGCGUAGUGAAAUAAUGGUGUCCAAAAUGGAUCAUGAGUUCCUGUCUCCACACUACACCUGAGGCAGCACUGAUGAAUUGCUUGGUUUGAUUGGUGAUCGUCUGAAUUUCAUCCAACAAAAGACUUGUACAUUCUGCAUGUCUCAUGUCUUUGACCGACCUGCGGAUCAUAACUUUCCAUGUUGUGAAAGUCCAAAGACUGGAUAUUCUAUAAAAAAACACACACAAACACAAACACAAAAAAAAGAAAGAACAAUCAAACAAAACAAAACAAGACCAAACAAAAGAUCAAUCAAGAGAUACUUAGCAAAGAUGUUUUAUUGAAGUUUUGUCCAAUGCUUCACUAAUGAUACUAUUGAUUACAAUAUGGUGCAGCCAGAAUAGAUCCAACGUGCUUGCAGAGAGCUGAACGUAAAUGGUCCUAAAACAUCAAUGAAUGAACCCUGGAGAUUUAUGCCCAACAAAUUUCAUGUCUUCGCAUAAUGAUGCAAAUAUCAAUUUGCCUCAGUUGGAGGCCGUAAAUGAACCGACUGGACUAUUGUAUCCAUGCAGUUGCGUAUGUAUUGUAAAUAGCAUUAUAUUUCCACUGCACAGUGUAACAACAGUGACUCGAGUUCAAGUCAUGUGGUUUAAGAUGUACUGUAGUGUAUUUGUCAGUGGGUUUACUAGCAAAAUGGUCUUUUUGGAGACAUGAAACGAGGAGAGAGGGGAGAAGAGAUGAGAUGAACUCAAAAGGUAAAGCAAGCAACUGAACGCAGUGCAUCAAAUGUGGUACCAUUUACUUCUGUUACACUUUGGUGAUAAGAAAAUGACACCAAAUACAUGCAACAGACAGUUAAACAAUUUCACUGCCUGGAAUGAAUAUAAUCUAUUUGAAUUUGCUGUGGAGGUACAAGACAUGCAGUGUUUCUUAAAGUGUACAAAAUAUGGGUCGUAUGAUAUCAUGAGAUGACUCAUGCAGUCCUUUUGAUAUGAAUGUUUCAGUGUUUUUUUUAACUGUAAUGCAGUUGUAGUUCAGUAAGGUACACAAAUAAAUCCCUUCAUUGCCGCAUUUUACAUAUACACAUACAGACACAUGCGCAGAGGCACACGCACAAACACGCUCACACACACAACACACACUGUUAAUAUCAUGGCAACACCAGCAGUUUUUUGACAAACACAGAUAAGUAUUGCUCGCUGUUGUUGUUUAUUCUGCUUUUCCAGCAGGACCUAGUAGCCUAUAUUGGUACCUUUGGUAACUAUGGUAUUUUAUGAAUUGCAGUAAAGGGACAUUGUACGUUUGGUAAUGAUAUAUUUGUUGUAUGAUAGCUGUAUCUAUAAAUAUAUCCAAUGUUAAAUCAAUGAAUUUUAUACAAAACCCCUGAAUAAAACAUGCAGAGGAAAAGCCUUGUAUUUGAUCUCA